UCAAGAAAAUUUGGAUCCUCCUGUGCGCCUCUUGAUAGGCUUUUAGAUGGAGGACUGCCGUGCGGCCAUGUUCUUGAGAUCUCUGGUCCCCCGGGUACUCGUAAAGAGUCCCUCGCAAUAGAUUUCGUUCACGAGGCCGUCAGAGCUAAUCAAGGUGUAUUAUUCAUUGGUCAGCCCUGUCCAAUACUCGUCCAUUAUCUUUCGCUUCACACUGCAUCUGAAUUUCUCGUUUUCCUCCACAACCUCCCUGCCUUUUUGGAUGGACAUCCGGCGGUGGUAGUCACAAACCAUAUGUCUACAAAGCUGCUCAACCCGGACGGGUCUCCCGCAAACUUUGACACAGGCUCACGUGCCGUUUUAGUCCCUCAGCUUGGUUGGUGUUCUCAAUCUGAGCGCGUCACCGACCAUAUGGUCGAUUAUGCACCGCUCACGCUAGCUUAUUUACAGGAGCUGCGUAUCUACCAGUGA